CAGUGUCGGCCGCUUGGACCAGACAAUUUCGAAAAGCCCCCCCAAGAAAUUGUCUAUAGCUUCGUAUCCUUAGAAGAAAACAGAGGGAGAAAGACAUGGAGGGGAACCCCUCUUAAUUUCUUUUCGUUCUCUGUUAAACCCCCUUCUUGAUAAACUGGUUUCAGCUUCUACAACCAUUGAAAGUGAUGAUGUUUGCAUAGUCAUUUGUCUCCAAUCAAAAUGUGGAAUUUUGCAUCCAAGUGCCUAGCUGGAAGUGUUAGUUUGAACAACUCUCUAAAGCCAGCUCAAGUUCCUUCAGAAUACUCAGACGAUGAGGCAUCUUCUGUUGUAAGCAGAGAAGAAGGCCUAGAGUGUCCGAUAUGCUGGGAAUCCUUCAACAUUGUUGAAAAUGUGCCUUAUGUUUUAUGGUGUGGCCAUACUCUUUGCAAAAAUUGCAUCCUAGGGCUUCAAUGGGCUGUUGUGAAAUUCCCUACAUUACCAAUUCAGCUCCCUCUCUUUAUUUCUUGUCCAUGGUGCAAUCUGUUAUCAUUCCGCCUUGUUUAUCGAGGGAACCUCAAAUUCCCUCGCAAGAAUUAUUUUCUUCUUUGGAUGGUUGAGAGCAAGAAUGGUGAUAGAGAGAAGUCUCAUGGCACCUUCUGUGAAGAUCAACAACCCCACUGGUCAUCGGACAGUAAUUUAGCCCUUGGAAAUCAGGCAAGCCGUGGGAACAUCAGGAGGGGACAAUAUGUUCAUCAUGCUGAACCAUCAGAGGCAAACCAUGAUCAUAAUCAUGUCAACAGUUACCUCAAUGUGAGGAGAAUACAUUCCUCCCUUCAGAAGUCACUGGUUUUCUUUGUUCAUCUGACAGCAAAGUUCCCAUUGGUCAUCAUAUUCCUUUUGAUCAUCUUAUAUGCAAUACCUGCCAGUGCAGCCAUUUUGGCCCUGUACAUUCUUAUCACUGUUUUGUUUGCUCUCCCAUCAUUUCUCAUUCUGUACUUUGCUUAUCCUAGUUUGGAUUGGCUUGUCAGAGAAAUCAUCACUUGAUAUCCAAAUUAGCGUCUUAGUCUGCAAGCAUUUUGAAUAGAAGUUUGCUCCAAGAAAGCGGCACAUCUCUAUCUUGGUGCCGCGAGUUUGGUUAUUCAAUGACUAUCCAGUCUCCAAGACUAUUUUAAUUCUUUGGGUAUGAGGCUCCUCAAUCCCUCUAUUCCUAUAUCGUCCUUGGUUAGAAGCUCGUCUGUAAAUGUAGGAUUUGGCUUGUCAGGGCUGGAUGUUGUUUCUGGAGGUUUGUUGGUGAUGAUGGUCCUGCGAAAAAUGGUCUCUUUGUGGAUAUGCACUGCUAUUGUAAGUAUCUGAAAUAUUAAUCAAGUGAGGGCUAUCACCCAAAAGCUUGAUUUCUUGGUUGUGUGGAGACUGAUGUUUUAUAGAAUCUUUAUUAUGGUUCUUUUGUGUCAUGAUGGAUUUUGAAACAAAGCGACAAAAACCUGAGUUGUUUCAUAUUAA